GAACAGCUGGGCUGGGCGCAGCGGUGGCACCCUGGGUGUUUCCUAGGACCAGCCUGGUUCCUUCUCCCAUGGGUUGUCUGAGUUCCCCCGUGCUCCCUGGCCUUGUCCCUGCCCUCCCUGCGGCAUCUGGGUGCUGACACCCUCUUCUCCCCUCUCUCACAGCAGCCAUGGAGGCAGCGCUCCUCUUCCUGUGCUCCCUGCUGGUACCAGCGGCCGUGGCAGACGUGGCCACGCAGGAGAAGGAGGAGGAGGAUCCCUUUAACUAUGAUUACCAGAGCCUGAGGAUCGGGGGGCUGGUGUUUGCUGUUGUCCUGUUCACCGUGGGCAUUCUCCUCAUCCUCAGCAGGAGGUGCAGGUGCAGUUUCAAGCAGAAGCCCAGGGCUCCAGGAGAAGAAGAGGCUCAGGCAGAGAACCUGAUCACCUCGAAUGACCCAGAGACCCGAGGAGAGACGCUCGGAGCGCAGAUGCCCGCGGCCUGCGAGGAAACUGAGCCCCCAGCAGCAGAGCAGCAUUUAAUGAGGUUUGUCUCCCAAUUAAUGCGCUUUCCCGUGGGUGCCCACUCGCAGAGCGAGGCGCCCGCCCGACGACACGCCGAGGCCAUGGGUGACGAGCAAGUGCCCGAGCAGGGCCAGGACAGGUUCAGCUACGACUAUGACACCAUCCGCCACGGGGGGCUGAUCUUCGCCGUCGUGGCUUUUGUGAUCGGGCUCCUCAUCAUCCUCAGCCAGCGCUUCCACUGCGGAGGGAGGAAGAAGAGGAGACAAGGGAGCGAGGAGGAGCUGUAGGUGCAGAGCCGCAGUGCCAUCAUGGAAGCAGAGCUCCAGCCGAAGCCCAGGAGUCCUGGCCAGCGGCCGCCCCUCACCCCGCUCCAGUGGAUCCCUUACCCCGCAAGGCCAGAACCCAAAUUACCCUCGUGCUUCUCCCUCUCUUAGACCCAGCAAGAAUUUCUUGGCUAAUAAAGUUCAAGAG